AUGAUAAUGGGAACUUCCUCUCUCCUACUGCUGCUCGCACUGAUCAUCACCUCCAUGCAUGUCAGUUUAAACGCCGCCAGCGGAAAAUGCGAAGUAAGCAGAAACGUCAAGUACGUGAAGCAGUUGAACAGGAUUACCACGAAAAAGCAUUAUUUGUGUAAAAUCUUUAAGGACAGCUUCCCCUGCUUUUUUGGCAUCUCUGGGUAUGACCCCAAUGGUGGUAGUGAUAGGCUGCUCAACCGUGGUGGUACACAGUGGGAUCAGUUAAAAGCAAAAAAUGGGGUCUGCUCCAGGGGGGGGCAUUGUGAGGAGGUGCAAGCAGAAAGGCAAGAAGAAGAAGAAGGGAAACCCCCCCAGGAUGACCAAAGUGUAGAUAACCAUAAGGGAGCUACACAACGGUGCAUACAGGAUGGACAGCGCUACCCCAUUUGCGCAAAUAAAACCCCACGCGGGGGAAGCAGCGGGAGUGAGAGACACCCACUCACUCAUAAGCCACCAAAUUGGUUCUUCAUCAAUUACACCAAUUUGAAGAAGUUGAAGAAGUUGCAGACGCAUGGCGUGAGGGGAGGCGGAUUCAUCACCCCAAAGGCGACCUUUUCACACACCUGUGCAGGGACCCCCCAGAGGGAUUACCCCACCAGUGCGACUCUAGGAAAGAAGCUGUUCAACGUAAAGAACGAGGAGGGCCAAACGGGGAGAGAGCCACAACUCUCAGGAGCGAAUGAAAAGAGCGACGAUAACAGGGACCCCCCCAACUUGGAUGCCCUCUUUGACCAAAUCAACAGCUACAUAGAUGUGGAAAAGUACAGAGAUACCUAUGGCGAGGAAAUUUACCACAAAAUGGUUAAAUUGUAUGUACGUAGGGAUGUCCCCGAAAAUUAUGAAGAGCUGUUCUUCACCGAACCGACGGAAAAGAGCGUCGCGUUGGACGUAGACAAAUAUGAUGAGGACCAUUUUGAGAAACUAAUGCGAGAGGAGUUCCAAAGAAAUGGAGUCCUCAUAAAGAACAUUAGCAAAGAAUACUACCAGAAGGAGAACAUCAAGAAGGUUCUAAAGGUCCUAAAGUAUUUACCCCUACUGAGGCUGAUCAACAACCCAAGUGAUUUGAAAAAAUUGAAGAAGGAGUGCCUACCUCUCCUGGCUCACGAAUUAAAAAUGUUUCUCUUUUUCAUGGUAAAUAUAACUGGUGGGCAUUUCUCCGCCGGGCUGAGCUUGCUAGAGGUGCAGCUGUUGCUGCUGUACCUGUUUGACCAUCCCCAUGAUGAUGUUAUCUACGACAUUGGCCAUCAGGCCUACGUGCAUAAAAUACUCACCGGGAGGAAGCUCCUUUUUUUAUCCCUAAGAAGGAAGAAGGGUAUAUGUGGGUUUCUGAACAUUUUUGAGAGCGCCUACGAUAAGUUUGGGGCCGGCCAUAGCUCCACUGCGCUGAGUGCAAUUCAGGGGUUUUACGAAGCCGAUUGGCAGGUGUGGCAGUUCUGGAGGAAGAGGACCGCUCAUCCGGAAGAGAGAUUAACUACCUCUUCUGCCCACCCCGGUGAAGAAGGCCCAACCCGUGCAGGGGAGAACCAACAAGCGAGUCACCCCAACAGGGGAGGCACCACUCAACAGAGCGCCUACCCGGGGCGGAACAACUCAGCUGAUCAUUUGAACAAAGUGCACAUUGCCAUCAUAGGGGACGGUGGGCUCACCGGUGGUAUGGCACUGGAAGCGCUAAAUUACAUUUCGUUUUUAAAUUCCAAAGUGCUAAUUAUUUAUAAUGACAACGGGCAGGUGUCUCUCCCCACUAAUGCACCCAGCAUCUCGGGGCAUCGCCCAAUCGGCUCCAUCUCUGACCACCUGCACAGCUUCCUCGCAAGGAAAAGCGGAAAAGGAGAGAGCCAACAAGCCAGCGGUACAAAAAAGAACAAUAUAUUCGAAAAUUUGAACUACGACUAUGUGCAGGUCCAAAACGGGAACGACACGGAAGCCCUUUUCAACGCGCUCUCCGCCUUUAAAAAGGGGAAAAUGAACAGAGCCACUGUGUUGCACGUCUGCACGAGCAAGACCAGUGACUUCAUAAACGCGAGGGCACCCAUAACUGUGAUGCACUCUAUUAAGAAGAACGAAAUUUUCCCCUUCAGUGAGGAUGCGCUGAGCCCCCAUGGGAAAGAGGGUGAGUCUGCAGGACACACCGCCCAUGCCCAGGAUGACCAAGCGAACCGUGGCAAAAGCAACUUCGCGAAGGAACAACAGGAGGACGCAAAAAUAUUCUCCAAAGAAACCUUCACAGAUGUGUUCACCGAAGAAAUGCUAACCUAUUUGGAGCGAGACAAAAACGUUAUCUUCAUCUCCCCGGCCAUGCUAGGGGGGUCCGGACUAGUAAAGAUCAGCGAAAAAUACCCCGACAAUGUGUACGACGUGGGGAUUGCAGAACAGCACGCAGUAACCUUCGCAACAGCCAUGGCCAUGAAUAAGUCCCUAAAAAUUUACCUGUGCAUUUAUUCUACCUUUAUGCAAAGAGCAUAUGAUCAAAUAAUACACGAUUUGAACUUGCAGAAGGUCCCCCUAAAAGUUAUUGUUGGAAGGAGCGGCUUAAUUGGGGAAGAUGGAGCGACUCACCAAGGAAUUUAUGACCUUACCUUUUUGGGUGCCUUAAACAACGCGUGCGUUAUAUCUCCGAGCAACCAGGUGGACUUGAAGAAGGCGCUCAAGUUUUGCCACCACGAUGUGAACCGACCUGUGUUCGUUCGUCUCCCCAGGAUUAACACCUUCACGGAGGAGUACCUACGGGGGUAUUUCCGCAUCGGGGGAGGCGGCCAAGUGGGUUGGGAAGAAUCCAAAACAGGGGAGGACCCCCUAAAGGAGGAGCUCCAAACAUUCUUCGGAAAAGCGAGAGUCAUCAAAAUCAGCCCAGAGGAAAAAAAACCAAACGAAGGAGGCAAAAAAAAAGUGGCCAUUUUUAACAUGGGCAGUAUGCUAUUCAAUGUGCUCAACGCGAUAGAAGCAAUUGAGAAGGACCAUCUGCUCGCCAGCAGAUUCUCCUUCACAGUCGUCGAUAUGAUUUUCCUAAACCCUAUGGAUAGCAGCAUAGUAGAUUACCUCAUUGUGAGGAACAAGCAUGACGUACACAUCACCUACGAGGACAACACUGUAGGGGGGUUUUCAACCCACUUUAAUAAUUACCUAAUAGGGAAGAAUUACAUUUCCAGGCACCAGUUGUCUGUUCAUAAUAUUUAUCUGCCGAAUGAUCCCAUUGAGCACGCCACGUAUGCGGAGCAGCACGUAGAUGUGAAAAUGGAUUCUUCCAGUUUAGAGAAUAGAAUAAGGAGCUUCCUGCAAGGAGGGGUGUCCAACUGA